AUGAAGGUUCUGUACUUUAACCCGUGGGCGCUGCAGAUGAAGGUUCUGUUCUUUAAACCGUGGGCGCUGCAGAUGAAGGUUCUGUACUUUAACCCGUGGGCGCUGCAGAUGAAGGUUCUGUUCUUUAAACCGUCGCAGAUGAAGGUUCAGUUCUUUAAACCGUCGCAGAUGAAGGUUCUGUUCUUUAACCCGUGGGCGCUGCAGAUGAAGGUUCUGUUCUUUAACCCGUGGGCGCUGCAGAUGAAGGUUCUGUUCUUUAACCUGUGGGGGCUGCAGAUGAAGGUUCUGUUCUUUAACCCGUGGGCGCUGCAGAUAAAGGUUCUGUUCUUUAACCCGUGGGCGCUGCAGAUGAAGGUUCUGUUCUUUAACCCGUGGGCGCUGCAGAUGAAGGUUCUGUUCUUUAACCCGUGGGCGCUGCAGAUGAAGGUUCUGUUCUUUAACCCGUGGGCGCUGCAGAUGAAGGUUCUGUUCUUUAACCCGUGGGCGCUGCAGAUGAAGGUUCUGUUCUUUAACCCGUGGGCGCCGCAGAUGAAGGUUCUGUUCUUUAACCCGUGGGCGCUGCAGAUGAAGGUUCUGUUCUUUAACCUAUGGGCGCUGCAGAUGAAGGUUCUGUUCUUUAACCUGUGGGCGCUGCAGAUGAAGGUUCUGUUCUUUAACCUGUGGGCGCUGCCGAUGAAGGUUCUGUUCUUUAAACCGUGGGCGCUGCAGAUGAAGGUUCUGUUCUUUAACCCGUGGGCGCCGCAGAUGAAGGUUCUGUUCUUUAACCCGUGGGCGCUGCAGAUGAAGGUUCUGUUCUUUAACCUGUGGGCGCUGCCGAUGAAGGUUCUGUUCUUUAAACCGUGGGCGCUGCAGAUGAAGGUUCUGUUCUUUAACCCGUGGGCGCCGCAGAUGAAGGUUCUGUUCUUUAAACCGUGGGCGCUGCAGAUGAAGGUUCUGUUCUUUAACCCGUGGGCGCUGCAGAUGAAGGUUCUGUUCUUUAACCCGUGGGCGCUGCAGAUGAAGGUUCUGUUCUUUAAACCGUCACAGAUGAAGGUUCAGUUCUUUAAACCGUCGCAGAUGAAGGUUCUGUUCUUUAACCCGUGGGCGCUGCAGAUGAAGGUUCUGUUCUUUAACCCGUGGGCGCUGCAGAUGAAGGUUCUGUUCUUUAACCAAGGGCGCUGCAGAUGA